UCUCUGGUCCUUCUCUAUCACCUCAACACUGUUUCAUACUUGCAGGACAUAAAAACAAUGUAAAAUAUUCCAAGGACAACCUGGUGUACGAGGAGAUAAAGCUGAGGUUUCCAGGCCAAUACAAACAAUAGUUAUUCUCUUCCUGCCUCGUCGUGAGCUUCCAUUGGAUAACCAGACCUCUACCAGAGCGUCAUUAUCAGUUGUACCAGUACAGCCUCCUCCUCUGCCAACUGAAGAACACCUAGUUCUUCCUUCAUUACUGAACAUAGUCAAAUUCAUUUAUUGCCACAAAACCACAAGUUGGUGGUAUUUGCUCUGAUAGUUGCAUAGAGACCAGACUGACCACCAUCUUUCCAAAAAUGCAUUUUUCGCACUUUGUGAUGAUGCUGGUGCUCUUUGGUUGUUCUCUGGGAAAAUCUGUUGUCCUCCAGUCCCCGGAGAAGGAACCUGCUGCAGCUACUGGCUCUGCCGUCCUCCACCCCGACAGGUGCCAUGGAGAGUUGUUGAAUGACAUCAGAAAGACUCUUAUUGGAGCCCUCAACCUGCAGCAGGAGCCCCAGGUGACGGCGGACAGACUGACUGCCAUCAGAGAGCAAUGGAAGACCACUUUCUCUGCCAUCUCUCACAAGACCCAGGACAAAGCAGUGCCUUUACCCCAGGCUGAGGGUCCUGCAGCAGACAACAGUAGUGGUCUGAAAUGCUGUCCGCUGGCCUCACAGAUCUUCCUGAAAGAUCUUGGCUGGGAGAACUGGGUAAUCUACCCUGAGAGUUUCACCUACGUCCAGUGCUCACCCUGCAACUCCCAACUGGACCUGAGCCCCUCGCGCUGCCCAUCACACACUCCUCCCGCACAGAACAGCCCCUCACAGAUGCCGUGCUGCCAGACCACUUCUACAGAGCAUGUGCCCUUCCUCUACAUGGAUGAGUUCAGCACCCUCACCAUCUCCUCUGUUCAGCUCACCCGCGCCUGCGGUCCUGGCAACCCCCAGCUGCCAGCUGAGGACUGAUCAUUGACCCCCCCACCCCAUCCCAGGGAGCCCCCCCACCCCCAUUCCAGGGAGCCCACCCAAUGCCAACCCAGCAAGUCCCCCUACCCUUUCCCCAUAUCUAUUCUGCUCAUGAAAUACCUAUAGAGUGGACAUGGUUGCAACAUUCCAGUAAUUAUCCCAAAAUUGCCAGGUUUUCCAGAAUUUCCAUUUGGAAGAUUCCCAGAAUGAAGAAGGACUAGGCAGGAAAUACAUAAUCCUCCAAUCAGGAGUUUGGGAAAAUCUGUGAAUCUUGGGAAAAUUACAGGAACCUUGCAACCUUAAACGUGAAGGUUUUGUCUUGCAGCUUUGUUUUGGCACAUAGCCUACAUUCCUAAAUAGAUUAUGUCUGUUUUCUAGUUAUUUCCUAGUUAUUUCCUAGUUAUUUCCUAGUUAAUUUUACGAAACAUUUGAAAUGUGUUCAUCUUGAGGAGCAUAAAGAUAAUGGAUCAUUGUGGUUUCAUAAAAUCUCUAGACAAGCUCCCAUAUGAAACCCUGCUCUCCUCUCUUUUCCCAGAAGGGGGAUUAUUUAAGCAGUAGCUACAGAAAAAUAAAUAUAAAUACCUAGAGAAUCCUGCACAUGCUCAGAAGCUUCGAGACAUAAAACUAAAAUAAAUACCUAGAGAAUCCUGCACAUGCUCAGAAGCUUCGAGACAUAAAACUAAAAUAAAUACCUAGAGAAUCCUGCACAUGCUCAGAAGCUUCGGGACAUAAAACUAAAAUAAAUACCUAGAGAAUCCUGCACAUGCUCAGAAGCUUCGGGACAUAAAACUAAAAUAAAUACCUAGAGAAUCCUGCACAUGCUCAGAAGCUUCGAGACAUAAAACUAAAAUAAAUACCUAGAGAAUCCUGCACAUGCUCAGAAGCUUCGGGACAUAAAAUAAAAUAAAUACCUAGAGAAUCCUGCACAUGCUCAGAAGCUUCGGGACAUAAAACUAAAAUAAAUACCUAGAGAAUCCUGCACAUGCUCAGAAGCUUCGAGACAUAAAACUAAAAUAAAUACCUAGAGAAUCCUGCACAUGCUCAGAAGCUUCGGGACAUAAAACUAAAAUAAAUACCUAGAGAAUCCUGCACAUGCUCAGAAGCUUCGAGACAUAAAACUAAAAUAAAUACCUAGAGAAUCCUGCACAUGCUCAGAAGCUUCGGGACAUAAAAUAAAAAGGUCUGAGUAAAAUCAGAUCUGCAGCCACUCCGUUCUGAAAAACAAAAAACUGACAGCUUUUAGUUCUGGUUGAAUAAACGUUGGCAGUCUUGCUUUGAUGACAUUUCAUAUGUGCUUUGAUGCUAUUUUUGACGACGAUAUUUCACAACCCUGAAGCGCUAGACUGGCAAGGGAUUAAAGAAAUGCUGCUCCAUGUUCCCCACAAAAAUGUGAACACAGGCUUCCCAUGCCAAAAAAAACCCUCUCAGGGUGGGAAAGCCGACCCAGCACUAGGCAAUAACAGCAGAGCUCUCAUCUAAACAGGCUUCUCCCCGGGACUCUAACAUGCAUGGACCCAGUUCUCUACAAAAGUAUAACAUUUCAAAAAAAUGCAUUCUGGGUUAUGUAAAAUAAAGAUUCUGAUCUCACCAAACUAAAAUCCUGUUCUUAUAUGUGCUGUGAUUUUCCACUCCGUUGGAAUUGCCCUCUUGGAAAAAGCUCCAUAGCUCAUGUUUGGACAAGUAGAAACCUUUGGCAUAGAGAUAAAUAAUAGUGUUGCGGUUUUCACCAAACAAAAAGCCUAUCAUUUUCAGUUAAGACAUUUGUUCGGUUGCACAUAUGGAGUCCAAAAAGUAUUUCAGUUUGCUACAUUUGCAACUUUAAUUGUUAUCCCCCAAUGCUUCCCAUGUGCACCUUUCGACAAUAUUGUUGUCUAUCAGUCCUAAACUAGGUCCACAGCGUUUUCUGGGUUUGGCAGUUGGAAAAUAUAUACUCUUUUUAUAUUUUCUUUGAGAUACACUAAAUAAAUGUAUUCCUUUUACUUUUACCUCACAUUGCCACCUUUUCACAAUGUAUUUUCCACCAUAAUAUUUAUCACCACGAUAUGGAAUGUACCUGAGGUUGUCACAGCUUCACUAACACGUUUUGGUAAAAAAAAAAAAAAUGUUGUGAAAUGUGUUAUUGCCAUUGAUCACACAGUUUGAGAAUUUGUAUCAAUUAUGUCUAUUAUCUGAUUAAAUUCUUUAAUAAAUGCUACUACAAGAA